GGGUAUAACUAUGAAGAAAAAUACCCAGAGGAUCCGAUUUAUGAAGAGACAACGCCUAAUGCGAGGGUUUGGAGAACGUACGAAGAUGAAAGCAAGAUUCACGAUGCUAACAUGGUCGAAGAAUCUCGAGACAAUGUUGAUGUAUUGCUCGUCUUUGCGGGUCUAAACUCAGCGGUCGUGACGUCAUUUGUAGCCCAAACGUCACAAAGCCUGCAGCCGGACUAUGCCGCCAUGUCGGCUUCUCUACUCUAUGAAUCGGUCCUCGUCCAACGUGCUAUUGCCAACGGUUCCUCGAUCAACAGCAUUGCCCCUUCUCCGCUCAAUCCCAACAUCCUUUUUGUUCCUGCCACCACGGAUGUUUGGGUGAACGGGCUCUGGUUCACGAGCUUGUUCCUAAGCCUGACGACGGCACUCUUUGCCGUUCUCGUGAAACAGUGGCUACACCUUUAUGUUGCCCUCCCUUCGGGGACACCGCGCGACCGUAGUUUUACUCGUCAGUUCCGAUAUGCCGGGUUCCAAAAGUGGCACAUCCAGGUCAUCAUAGGACUACUCCCUGUCCUUAUGCACCUUGCUCUCGCCAUUUUUCUUGGUGGCUUGGUGGUUUUCCUACAUCCUCUC